AUAAUAUAUACGUACGUUCUCAAAUCUACGUAAAAAAUAGAAGAUAUCUAGGUAGGUAGGUAGAUAGGUAAGUAGGAAAGAAGGAGGAUUAUGUAGACGUAAAGUCUACAUAGAUAGAGUUGCGACUAUGAGGCAGUCUAGCGCGAUCACAGAGGGAGGGGGAUUACGUUCAAAUCGACUCGACUCGAUUCCCUUGUGCGGGAUGCGCAUUGCGCUAUGUGAGGAGCGCGCAUGCGCCUUGCUCGAAUAAAUGGUAGAGAGCGCGGGUAAGAGCGGAUAAACUCGAUGUGCGCGACGGUCGCAUCGCGAAACGAUUCGAUCGUUCCUACGGGGAGUAUCUUGUCGUCCGUUCGAUUAUUUCGCGAAUAUUAUAAUUGAUUACAUUUUAGAACGAGUCAAAGGUCGCGAUUUGUCUCAUUUUGUUUUUUCUUUUACGAGUUUAUUCAACUAGUCGCAUUUGAAUUAUUGAGGUUAGGUGGUUUAGUAGUAAAUUAUCGUUAUACAAGAUAGAGAUAGGGAGAACGAAAGAGUGUAUAUGUGUGUGUGAAUGUGUGUGUGUGUGAGAGGGAGAGAGAGAGAGGGUGUAAGAGAGAGAGAGAGAGAGAGAAAGAGCGAGAAGAGAAGAGAAGAGAAGAGAAAAGGUCGUCGGUGGCGCUGCGGAGACUUCGCGCACAAGAAUAAUUAAAAUCAAUGUGACUUUGGUGCGGUGUUCAACGAGUCACGUUCUGCGUGCGUCGGUUUUUUAAAAAGCACUACAUUUACACGACCGACAUAGAGUGAGGGAUGUCGAACGGAUUGAUGCUGCCGAAUGAUAAUCACGAUACGUGCCAGACGACUAGCACCACCUCGAUGGUCACCGCUAAUGCCGCUGCAUCCGUGGAGGGGUUGCAAGGAGAACACUCUACUGAGAUGGACCAGCAGAACGUUACCAGGCCUACGUUGAAGAGACCUGAGUCUGAUCUGGAAGAUCCUAUACCAAAAAAGCGUCACAAAAAUCCACAGCCAAAAAAUGCAGUAUGUGCUUUAAACGAAUUAAAAACCGGAGCAGUAUACAAGGUAGUUGGUCAAACUGGGCCUACUCAUGCUCCUAUAUUUACCAUCGCCGUGCAGAUAGAUGGACAGACUUACGAGGGAAAAGGACGUACCAAAAAGAUGGCCAAACAUGCGGCUGCUGAACUUGCUUUAAGGAAUAUAGUGCAGUUUCGUAACACACCGGAAGUACAUCAAGCUAUUAACACGUGCCAGCCUGUCGUUCCCCUGGAACCUGAUUUUACCAGUGACGUCACAGAGAGAGAUAAUCAUCUUGUAAAUGCAUUCAAAACAUUGACUCAAGAACCAAAGAAUACUAAUAAAUUUUUGGACAAAGGUCCCGUUGCCCUUAUCAAUGAAUUAUAUCCUGGAGUUGUAUACAAAUGUAUAUCGGACAGCGGAGAAAGUUAUGCUAAAUUUACAAUAUCUGUAACAAUCGAUGGAGAAACUUUCGAAGGCACUGGCCCGAGUAAAAAGUUGGCCAAAGCUGCUGCCAGUAAAGCAGCCUUGGCAAAAUUAAGGAACGUUCACAGUUCCUCUUUUUGCAUUCAGCUCCCUGUUCGUGUAUUACCUAACUUCUCGAAUUCUGGUCAUUGGCAGGAACAAAUGACUUUGCCACAAAUCUUGGCAGAUAAAAUAGGAAAAAUGGUAAAUCAAAAAUUCACUGAACUUAUACAGAGCAAGCCACAACAUGCUCGACGUAAAGUAUUAGCCGGCAUAGUGCAAACGAAUGGGUCGGAUGCCGAAUUAAUAUGCGUCACUACUGGUACAAAAUGUGUAUCCGGGGAUCAUUUAAGCGUAAGCGGUAGGGCCCUAAAUGAUUGCCAUGCGGAAGUGGUAGCACGACGAUGUCUCUGUGAAUAUUUAUACAAGCAAUUGGAGUUGCAUACCGAAAAUCGUUCUGCCGAGUCUGUUUUGGAACGUAUAAAGAAAGGGUUUAGAUUAAAGCAGGGAAUUCAGUUUCAUUUAUACAUAAAUACAGCUCCUUGCGGUGAUGCCAGAAUAUUUUCUCCUCAUGAAGAAAACGAAUCGGUGGACAAACAUCCUAACAGAAGGGCCAGAGGUCAAUUAAGAACCAAGAUAGAAUCAGGAGAAGGUACGAUACCUGUGAAGAGCAGCGAAGGAAUUCAGACUUGGGAUGGUGUUCUUAUGGGACAAAGACUGCUGACGAUGUCGUGUUCAGACAAAAUAGCUCGAUGGAACGUACUUGGUGUGCAAGGUGCACUUCUAAGCCACUUCAUCGAGCCAAUUUACUUCCACAGCAUCGUUCUCGGCAGUCUGUUGAACCCAAGUCAUAUGUAUCGAGCUGUUUGCGGUCGUAUCGAAAAUACUAUUCAAGGUUUACCACCACCGUAUAGGCUCAAUAAACCAUUGAUGAGCCUCAUAACUUCGUCUGAAGUUAGACAACCAGGCAAGGCACCGAAUUACAGUGUAAAUUGGACUAUUGGUCAAAGCGAAGCAGAAGUUAUAAAUUGUACAACCGGAAAGGACGAAUUGGGUAAACCCUCUAGGAUUUCAAAACAGGGUCUCUUCAGGAAGUUCUUCAGUCUAUUAGGUAAAUUGGAUACAAUCGACGAUGCCGAUCAAAAUCAAUGCCGUCAUUACCUCGAUGCUAAAUCAUCGGUUCAAGAUUACUCUCUUGCCAAACGUCAAUUGAAGGACGCGUUUGUACGCGCUCAACUAGGUAGUUGGGUAAAAAAACCGAUUGAGCAAGAUAUGUUCGAGGUGGAUAUCUGACUAAAUCAGAGUAUCGAUGCGAACCCAACGAAUAGGAUAAACUCUCAGUUAGUGGAGUAUGUAGUUCCUAGUGUAAAAUAGAUCGCUCGUUCGGCGUGUCAUGCUAUGGCAGAAUUUGGCAUCAGUAAAGCAUAAAUCGUAGGAUGUUAAAAGCAAAUAUUUUGACUUUGUCACUGCACGAUUCAACGACUAGUAAACAUGUCGCGUUCAAAGUGUACAAUGAAUCAAUUGUUUUCGAUUUUAAUCGAAAGCAAAAUCAAAUCGGUACUCUUCGAAUUUUUUGAUCUUAAAUGCUAGUCACACGUCAAUUUUUGACAGUUUCUAUAGACUGGUAGAUAGAUAAGGCGAAAAAUUUCGUUUCAUAAGCGUUAAUAAUUAAUCGAAGGGUGCAAGAGUAUUAGAAUGUUUUAGAUUUUACUUUCUGUCGGUGUGUCGAGAAAUCUGUGGAUAUUUCAGGAUGAAACGAGUCAGCACAUAUCCAUUUUUCGGAGUCUUAUUGUUAAACUUUGUCGUCGUUCUCGUACAUCUAUCUAAGUUUUAUUGGACGAAACAGAAAUCGACGAAAGACCCUUUACAUCCUCCUUCUCUUUCUUCCUUUUAAUUGACUUCACUGCCUACCAAUUUUCCUCGAGGAACCUAUGCUUCGUGGUUAAGCUUCGAUCAAAAACUUUUCACGUAAAUUUUAUUUAACUUUCAUAUUUUAUUUCAACGUUUUCUUUAAAUAAAAGCUAUCGUUAUAGUACAAUUAUUCGGAACGGACCAAAGUGUAGUUUCAAAUUUCAAUAGCCUGAGUAAUGUACGUGAUACCGCAAACUCUAAUUCAACGAGUCUAUUGUGUCGACAAUGUGUAUCCGGGUCACUUAUUUCUAGGAGCUGUUGUAUCUGCAUUCAUAUACAGUCUCUAUAUACCUAUAUAGAUAAAGAGAAGAAGAGAGAUCCUCUUGAAACAAUUCUCUUUUUCUCUUUCACUUUUAUUUGAAACUUUAUAGGUCUUACUUCUGGAUAAUAAUUAAGCGAUUUUAAAGGAGUUUUAGUAAUGUCAUCGUUUUCCUCAAAUAGUUCUUCCCUUUUUUUUAUCCGUAUGCAAUUUAUUUAACGUGCAAUAAGUUUUGAUUUAAAAUAAGAAAUAUCUUAAGUAUCCAGGCUAUACCACUAGCAAAGUUGGAUCCUCGUUCCUCUCUCUCUUCCUCUCUCUCUCUCUUCCUUUCUCUCACUCUCUCUCUCUUCCUUUCUCUGCAUUUCCCCUCUCCUUCACUCUUCCUUUUAGAAAUCCAAGCCAUCAUUAGAACGAACUCAGACUCCGCGGUUAUUUUUCCUGAGGUCCCUCGCGGGAAAAAUCAAUGUCCAGUACCGUGCAGCGAGGGAUCUACCCGCGUAGCUGCGGUAUUGUUUUAGUAGGGCUCUAGUAUUUACUGCAUCCCUGUGAAAGGCUGUGACCGGAUCCAGAUUUUAACGAAGGAUUUUUUUAAAGACAUCUUAAUCGUUUAUUGUAUCGUGGAAUUUGAUAAACGAACAAGAAGAAGCGAAAGACAUUUUCGAUGGCGAAAAAUCAAUCGAAAAAAUAUAAAAAAGAUAUCUUUGUGAAAAAAUAAGACGUUUCUUUUCUUCGACGUUUCAUUUAUCGUCUUCGUGAAUCCUUCGGUGAGAGAAGAGCGUCCUUCAACAGUUCGAUGUCGUUACCAUUAAUUUUGAUAGCACGUAUGUGAGAAUGCAUGUGCGUGUAUGUAUGUAUGUAUGAGAAAGAUUAGAUGAAUUAGUGCGAGUGUUUACGUUUACCAAAGAGAAAAUAAAACGUGAGAGAAAUGUGAGAGCAAUGCUAUUUAAAGAGUAAAGUAUUAGUAGAAGAGUAAGUUAUAAAUAUUAAUAAAUAAAUUAGCGGAUGAUUAUUUAGAAAGUCCUAAGAUCGUUGCCUCACUGUGCCAGUAUUACAAUUAUAAUGCAAUUCUGCCGUAGUGACACACUGCCCGAAGUCGGUCUAGUUUUGCGUCAAAGAACUCGACGACUCCGCCCGUGUUGCUUCUUUCAAUUUACUCUCCUCGAUUACCAAAACCAAAAUAUUUGCGUUCGUAUUUAUGUAUGUUAAGUUCAUAUCUACGUUUUUAGUUGCAUUUAGUUUAUCGACAAGUAUUUUAGAAGAAAAAAAGAAAAUAAGAGAGAGAGGGAAUAUCGGAAUGAAAUGGAGCUAUAUAUACGUAUACAAUAUAUUUAUCGAUAAAGUUAAACUCAUCUACGUAUCACAUCAAAUAUUAGCUCUAUGUAAUUUUUUUGUUUAUGUAGAUGUAGUUAACGUAAAUAUUUACGUUUUUUUAUACUCGUUUCUUCGAUUUACUCUCACUCAACAUAAUAUUUUUUCACAUCAUCACUGAUAAUGACAAUCCUAGGAUUUUAGUUUGGUCUUCUUUUUAUUUAUUUAUUUAUUUAUUUAUUUAUUUAUUCUGUUGUAUAUGAUAUUAUUAAUAUUUUCUUGCCUUAAAAAAAAAGCACAGAUAUUUGCUAGAAGUAGCUAGAAAUUUAUUUAUUUUGUUUAUUUCGUUAUGAUAAGGCAUUUAUUUUUAUAUUAUUUUUGUUUUUUUUUUUGUGAUAAAACCAUAAAAUUAAUGAUAUCAACGAAAAUGAUUUCGCUUUGUUUAAAUUGAAGCUGUUAUUUUUAUAUUGUUAUAUUCUAUAAGCAUGUAUUAUAUGCAUAAAAAGAACAGUGCCAUAAUAGAAUAUCAUGUUGCAAAUCGAUUCCAACAGGUUCAAUAUUUUCAACAUCUUUUUUCUAUUUUUGUUACUUUUUUCUCUAAUAUAAUCUCUGACAUUCUUUCCCUUUCUUUCCUUUCCUCCCUCCCCCUCUCUCUAUUUCUAUUUCUAUUCAUAUCUUUCUUCUCAAGAAAGAACGAUGCAUUUCUUUCGUUGUAGUGCGUAACAAACGUACGUAGCAACGAUCGUGCCAAGAAACGCAAUCGUUACGUUGCAUCAUACAUUAACAUAAACAUUAAUCCUCUAUAACUUUCAAAUUAUGUAUUAUCAUAUAUGCAUCUCAUUUCAUAUCCUCGUUAAAAAGAAAAAAAAAAAUUCAUUUCAAAAUCGUACCCAUAAGUUGUUUACUAAGUAUAAAUCAUAUUUGAUGUAAUAUAAUAUGAAUAUGAAUAUUUGAAUUAUUUGAGUUAUAAGAAAAAUUGGGUUAUAGAGGAUUAAAAAGCACGAUGAAAGAGUAAAGAAGACAUAGGUGCUUUUUUUUCUUAUUGUUAGCUGACGCUUCUUCUAGUAGUCGAGACCCGUUUGUUGGUUCUAUCGCCCUCCGGCUAAGUGAAAACGAAAAAAAAAGGAGGCUACGAUGUUAAAUACGACAAAAACAACGAGCCAUCAUUCGUAGUACGAAAGCUCAAGGGCGUACAUGCCUCCAUUCUCCUUCUCUCUUUCAUCAUUGUACUUGUGCAGUAGUAGCAGUAACGAUAGCAGCGAGGUAUCAUGUUUAUAUAUAUAUAUAUAUAUAUAUAUAUAUAUAUAUAUAUAUAUAUAUGUAUGUAUAUAAUGUAUAUGUGUGUAUAUAUAUACACAUAUAUAUACACACCAAAGGAAUCGCGUAAAAACAUACACGUACAUGUAAUACGUAUACAUAUGUACUUAUACAUAUAAAUAUAAUACAUUUUUAGAAAAAGAUUAUAUACCACUUAGUGGUCGAAAAGUGAUCGGUAUAAAUUUUGAGAGUGAGAAUUUAGUUAUUAAUUAUUACUCAGUAGUUUUAGUAGAAUUUAAAAAGAACUUCGAUUUCCAGUUUCUCUCCUGUUAUACGAUGACAUUAUCUAUUUACAAGUAGAAACAGUAUCGCGGGUGAGUCACCUAAAACUAAAAUAUAAAUAUAUCUCGGUUAUUUUUGAUGAUAAAAAUAAAAUUUCUGAAGAAGAAUAUGUUUAAUUCGAAGGGGUUGAUAUAGGAGUGAAAACUUUUACUUAUAUAUCAUAUUUUUUACAAUAUAGGGAUAAAAUGGAACUCGAUUCUCUUGAUUAUGAAUAAAAUGUAAAACAGAUCAAGAUAUAUUUUAAACGUUUAUUAUAAUAAAAACGAAAUAUCGUCCUUCAAGUCCUUAUAUUUUUUAAUCUUAUAAAAUAUUUUGUGGAAGAUGAAAUAAAAUGAAGCGACUAAUGUGUACUCAAAUUUUCUUAAGACAAUACUAUUUAUAAUGAUGAUGAUAUAUAUAUAUAUAUAUAUAUAUAUAUAUAUAUAUAUAUUCUAAUGUGUUUGUUAGAAGUCUAUUAAAGUACACGUUAAAUACUAAUUGACAUUGUUGUUAGGAUAUAAAAUUAAGAACUAUUGAAUAUCGUAAGUAAAUUUGUAGUAUUUUUGUUUAGAGUGACCACAAUAGAUUAAUUUUUUAAUCCCCGCUAUAUGAAUUUUUUCGAAUAAAAAGCUUCUUCAAAAAUCUUUUCUUAUCAUCACAAGUAAUAAAGAUGUUCAUGUUUCACACUUUUAAAUGACUCUCCCGAUAUGUACACAUACAUAUAUAUAUGUGUGUGUGUGUGUAUGUAUGUAUGUAUAUAUAGACACACACACACACACACACACACACAUACACAUAUCUCGAGCUCGUUUUCGAGUUAUCGAAAGAACAUCGAGUAUCGAGCAGGAAAAAUUUUCUUAUAGUCAGCUAGAUUUUAAGCUUGACUAGUGCCUCUAGAUGUAAUUUCUCCGAUAAGUAAGAAAAUCAAUCUAGUUGAAAUUACAAAUAAAUAUCUUUAUUUAUCAACAUCUAAAAAAUGAAAAAAAAAACUAAGAAAAAAGAGCGAACAAAGACAAAGCAGGGAGAGAGAGAAAGAGAGAGAGAGAGAGAGAGAGAGAGAGAGAGAGAGAGAGAAAGAGCACGAAUCAAUGAAUGAGCGAACGAAACGCGACCGACACUUUUCUUCGUCUUCUUUUUAUUUCACUUAACUCUCUAUUAAAAUAUUAAUGAUUUGACUUUUUUGUGCGCUUAAAAAAAGAAAUUUUAUGGACUCGUGUGUGGUUUUAAAAAAAGAAAAUAUGGAAGAUGAAAUCUUUUUACUCACAGAUUUCUUCUCUAUGAUCUGGUAUUCAUAAUUUCAAGCGAGAUUAGUGGAAGAAAUACAUUUGUUUUUGCAUAUUGUAAGCGUGCGCGAGAAAUUGCAGCCGCUAGCUUUUUACACGCUCAACAAUACUUAUCGUCAUUGUGUUUUGUAAUUUAUUUUGUUUUUUUCUUCUUUUUUUUUUUUCAAAAGAAAUGAGUAAGGUAAUGAGCGCGAAUUCAAGUUUUUUAAAUAAAAAGAAAAUCUGUUGCAAUCGAGAAAACGAUGUUAGCGAUCAAUUACCUCGCAUCGACACUUAACAAGAUCUUUUUAUAAAACAAAAGAAAAAGGAUCUAACUUGAAAAUAUUUUGAGAUAGAGAAAAUAAAUAUAUAAGAGCCAUCAUUUUUUUUUUCAGACUUUAUAGAAUUAGAUUUAUAUGAUUAUAUUUAUAUGAUUAUUUUUAUAGGAUUUUCUUAUUUUUUAAACCAACGAUUUAAAAUUUAAAAUUUUAAUAGUUUUGGAAUAGAAAAGAACAUAUAACAGGUGUAGUUUUUUUCUUCAAACUUUAUAGAUAUUACAUUUCCAUCACGUGUAUAUGGGAAUUAAUUAUCUUCCGAUAACGAUCUAUGACAAUUAGUAUAUCGUAUAGUCAUCGUAGUAUUUCGUACUUGAUUUCGAAUCUACUAUAAGUGUAUCUUUCUUUCAAGAUCUUAAUGAAUAACAAUAAAUUCGAAGCAUUGUUAAUUGUUCCUCAGGUUCAAUAUUGUAAAAAAAAAUAAGUUAGAAAGAAAUUUGUAAGAAAAAAAAUCUCGGUUAAUGUGAAUGAUCAGGUACGAAGUACGAUCGAUCUUCAGUACAUUAUUAUACAUAUAUAUAUAUAUAUAUAUAUAUAUAUAUAUAUAUAUCGCAGCUUAACAUUUACGUGAUAUGUAUUCCCUUUUCUUUUUUCUUCUAAUUAUUUAUGUAUCCCCUUUUAUUUUUUCGUCUAAUUAUAUAGUUCUUAUCGUGUCUUUGAAUUUCCAUAUUACGAAAAAGAGGCCAAGGCAAACGGUAUAUAUAAAGACGGACAACUCGUAGAAUUUUAAACAAUCGAUAUAAAAUGACGUAUAUCGGUCGUUCUUCGAAAAUUAACAGAAAGAUGUUUUAGUCUGUGAAUUUGUCUCAUUUUUUGGUUUUUUUAUUUUUUUUUCGUUAAUUAAAACUUUCUAAAUCUCAAAAUUAAACAGCGCGACGUAAAAUAUAAACCUACCUUUAAAUUCACAAAGAUCAGCGAUGAAAAAUCGUAAGCUUCAAGAUCAGAGAUUGUCUAUCAAGUUGGCAUAUCUCUCUUCGUAUAUUCCUCAAUACGAUUCGGGUCGAACGAGAAUAAAAUGAUGAUAAAUGUUGAAUAAACUUUUUAAAGACAAUUUUAUUUUGAAACACACCUUUCCCCAAGAGGCAGAACAUUCGAAUUCGUUACGUUUUCACGAUAUUUCGUUUAGGAAAGACAUCAUUUUUCUUUCAAAGUAGAUGAUUGAUCAGGAAAUGGAUGAUUGCGUAAGCAGCGAUAAUAAUCGAGGCACGAUCGAGAAGCUUUUGAUAUUGAAAUUUGUUAUAUAGCCUAUGAUAUGAUAGCGCUUUUUUUACUUAUUUUAAAUUUUAGAAUCAUCACAUACAAUUCAUUUUUCAAUUUCGUAUAAUAUAACUAAAUAAAACUUUGGUUAAGUUCGUCUUAAAUAGGCUACGAAAUAAUGGAUACUCUGAGUUAUUGGAUAAUUUAGUGGUGAGAAUAAUUCGUAAACACGAAAUGCACCGAGGGAAACCCAGGUUUUAAAUAUCGGCCCAGCCAGAGCCCAUUUUUUUCGUAGGCCUAUAAAACGUUACAAUAACGUCGCAAAUUAGAAUUAUACUACGCAGAAUGAAUCGUCGUCCGUGAGUACGCUCCCACUAUAUGGACAAUUAGAAUACGAGCGCAGAUUACAGUACAUAUACUUCAUUACGGACAGAAUGUAUACUUUAUCGCUAACAUAUGAUCACAUUUAAUAUUUUAUUGAGUCUGGUAAAUUAUUGAUUUCUUGUUAAAUCGAAACAAUGCAAAAUUUUAACGAGUGACUAUAUCUCGAGUCCUCGUUGGUAACGAAAAAAUAGAUAUAAACUAUAUAUUAUUGAACCAAACGAAGUUUUACAACAAUCAAUAUGUUCUAUUAAUCUAUAUAUGAUUGAUCUAUAUAUGAUAUGACGCUAUGCGAUAUGAUAGAAUUCGUUUCUUCAAAAAGGAUUUAUGAUGAUCGAAAUCGAAGGACGACGAUGAUAUUUUUCUUUUUUAUCUUCUUAUCUUAGAAGAAUCUUAUUAUAUGAACUAGGUGACAAAAAAAAAGUAUGUUAACAUAUAAUAUGUCGUCGAACAAGUAAAGUGGAUAUGUUCGCUAAUUUUUACAUAAGAAUUACCAUAUAAUAUCUACAAGAUGAUCGAGAAUAGAUCACUAUGGAUCAUCUAAUGGUCGAGAUGGUGUGCAUAUGAUACGUGAACGUUGCCGAUUUAAUGCGUUAUUAAUAUUGUUAUAAACCAAUUUCACGAUAAUUUCAUAUAAGCGGGACAUGGUAUCCCAAGAGAUUUUCUUUCUAUAUACCAUAUAUUAUCCCUGAAUGCUUAUCCUACAGUGAAACGUAGAGCAUUAUGUAAUAAUAAAAGUUGUAUAUAGUGAACAAUGAAAUAUUCGAAGUAUUUCGAUUAACCAUACUAUUUUGGGCAAUCUGAAAUAUCAGUUGACACUUCUUUCAUUAAUGCAUUUAUCAGCAUAUGUUUCUCGUUUGAUUUUCUUGGAAGAACUUUCAUCUUUCCUAUAUACAAACUUUUCUUAAUUAUCUAGAAACAAACAAGAAGCGAAUGACAUCAGUUUUCUCAUCGAUAUGAUUAUUUAUAAAUAUCGAAGUCUGUAAAUGAUCCGAAUUAAAAGAUUCCCACAAACAAAAUUAAUUGUUUAUUAUUUUAUAAUAAUUCAACCCAACAAAUAUAUUUAAUAUUUGUCUGAAAUAAUCAAUCUGUCUUAUUAUAACGGAUUAUCUUUUGUUUUUCAUUAUUUAUAAAUAUUUAAUUAUAGCGAUUAAAAAACUGACGUUAUCGAUUGGUCGUAUCUUUAAUACAUUCAGAGAGAUAACAUAUAAUACAUAGUAAGAGGAAUUUGGCCAAAUGGAGACGCAACCAUCACUAUACAGAUGUGAUUUAUGGCUGCCGCAGACAUUCAUACAUGACAUACCUAUACGCAAAAAGAAAAUUGCAUUAUGUAUCUUAAGUAUUGCUUUACGUAUCUCGUUGGGAUUCGAACUUAGAAUGCAAAAUAUCAGGUUGAUUCAUAAAUAUAAGUACUAUUAUAUAAUUAAGGAGUUUAUUACAAUAAAAUAGCAUUUAUUUAUUAAUCAACCCGAUAGCUAUAUGAAAUCGAGUAUCACUGCUGUUGUAAGUAAAAAAUAUAUUGCAACCAAAUGUUUUUGUUGCAAUUCUGAAUUAACAUAAUCAAAUUUCGAUAUUCUAAAAUUAAAAAUGAUUAGAAAUAUAUUUAAAAGUAUUCCCUACAUAAAAUUUAGUCAUAACGAAGAUCUUGAUCGCGAUGAUCUUGAAAUGAUUAAAACGUAGGAUUCCAAUGAGAAGUGAUAUCAAUAAGGCAAUGAUCGCGGUGCGAACUCGUUGGUACUUCCUAUCGAGGAAGAACGAUCGAUUUAAAGAACGGACGCAAUACGAAUCGAGAAGAUUAGAGAAGCCAUCGGUUUCAUACUUUCCUACAAAAAUAGCUUUUAUAUCGAAAGAGAUAGAGUUUACCGGUCGUUAAGUUUUAAUUCAAAAUUUCGCCCGUUUUACUCUUAAUUAAAUAUUCGAUCGAGAAAUAGAUGCAUCAUUGUCGUAACGCGUUCGUUCUUUCAAAUACGGCAACUGCUCUCGUUCUUUCCUUUCUCACACCUUAUAUGUGUGUGUGUGUGUGUAUGUAUAUGUGUAUAUAUAUAUAACUUGUAUGUAUAUAUCUAUAUAUAUACUGCUAUCUUAAUUUUAGGGUUAAUUUCGACAAGUCGAAUAGGUACAACGUUAACUCUAGCUUUUUUUUUCUUUUUUCUUUCUUUUCCUUUUUCUUUUCUUUUUCUUGUGCCUCGAAGGAUUGACGAGUAAAAUAUCCUUCUGCAUAACUGCAUUUGCAAUAACAUGCAUUUGACGUUCGCUUUAAUCGCGGUCUCUUUUUUCAACAGUGUUAUACACGUAUAACGACGAAAUAUAUUGUUAUUAUGAUAUCAUAUCACCGGAACUACUCGAUAGAAUAUAAGGAUUAUUUUUACUGGUCUAUUCGACAAAUUAACGAAUAGCAUUCGGCAAUAGAAACAGAAGAGGAUUGUCAAAUGAGAAAGAGAGAGAAAGAGAGAGAGAGAGAGAGAGAGAGAGAGAGAGAGAGAGAGAGAGAGAGAGAGAUAGAAGA